GAGAGAGAGAUAGAGAGAGAGAAGGAAUGAGAGGGGAGGGCUGGUAACUACAUCUGGAACUUAUUGGGAACAAGGCAGAGAAAGAAAGAAAACAACUGAGAGAAGAAUAAAAUAUCAACAGCUGGAAAUGAGGAGACUGUAACAAAGAGAAGAUCAGUUCCUUCGGCCAUGGAAAAGGUGUUUUCUGAUUUAGACUACGAGGAAAAAACUUCUGAAGCAAAGAGGACUUUUUGAAGAGGCAUAGAAGGAAUUUGAGAGAAAAUAAUCAAAACAAGUCAAUUUCAGCCAGUGAGGAGUUUAGCAUCCCUCAGCAAGAAGCGGCAAUUCUACAAAACAGGAAAACAGAGCUCAUCUCCUCUCCUGCAGGGCUGAAAAGGAAGCAGCAACAAAAGGAGUCCAUAGAAGUCGGGGCAAUCAGAGAAGAAUAAAGCUCAAAAAAGAAAACAACAAAACUUAAAGAAAUUGUGAGUUUGGGACAAACUUGCUGCCAUCACUUUGAGCCACAGGAGAAGAAAAUUCCUUAAAAUUCCUGAAAAGUUUCAGACUUCUUCUUAGACACCGUCCUGCACUCCACAGACCAGCAGGAUGGCCGUGUCACGGGGUUGCCUGUGUUGUGUGAAGUACCUCAUGUUCGUCUUCAACCUCAUCUUCUGGCUGGGUGGGUGUGGCCUGUUCGGUGUUGGGGUGUGGCUUUCCUUCACCCAGUCACAGUUCUCCUCCCUCCCGCUGUCCUUUCCUUCACUUUCGGCUGCCAACCUGCUGCUGGUGGCUGGUGGCGUUACCAUGGUGACAGGGUUCCUGGGGUGCCUAGGGGCCCUGAAGGAGCAGCGCUGUCUGCUGAUGACGUUUUUUGUGAUCCUCCUGCUCCUGUUCCUCACUGAAGUGACUCUGAUCCUGAUUCUGAGCAUCUACCACAAAGAGCUGGAUGAGAAAGCUAAGGAUGAUUUGAUAAAGGGGAUGAAGGACUACAACAAAAACACUGACCUGAAGAACUCCUGGGACAACAUGCAGAAAAUUUUUAAGUGCUGUGGUGUUAGCAACCACACUGACUGGCACAACAGCACUGGAACAGGUCAGCUCCCUUCAUCCUGCUGCAGACCCGGCACUGACCCCUGCCACAGAUGGGAAGAGCCGUGCUACGAGAAGGCCAAGAACUUCCUCCUCAGUAACAUCACGUCAGUGCUGGUGUUUGGGGUCUGCCUCGGCAUCGUCCAGAUCCUGGCCCUGGCUUUCUCCAUGCUGAUGUACUGCCAAAUCCUGCGUGCGGAAAAAUACAUGGACUGACCUGGCGUGUGGCCUAGCGCUGCCUGGGAUCUGGUGUAUAGCCGAGAGAUUGCAUAACAAUUAGGAGUGAAUUUUACUCUUUUAGGACUUUACUGGACUUCAGCUUCAUUACUCAGAAUGGAUACAGUGCUUUGCAUCAGUAAAGAAACUGUCCCAGCUGGAUAUUCUUACCUGCAGGAAACUUUGACUCUUAAAGUUGGAUUCCAUGUUGGUUGAGAAACGGUGAGAUACAGACGGGUGACAAAUCAAAGGAAAAACCUUAAGCAGUUGACAUCCCAGCAUGCUCUGUGGUAUGUAUAAAAAUGCUGAGCAGGCCUCAAAAUAGUUUUGAAGAGGAAAGCAUCUCAGUGACUUUGAAAAAAAGGGCUCAUUAUUCAAGCAUGGAUGGCAGGAGCUCCAGGCACAAAGACUCCACCACUGUUGCAGUAGGAACACUGUGUUUACAUGCAAAGUUUUUUGCCAAUCUGAUUGAAUACAUUCCAACUAUAGAUGGAGACAGAGGUGUUUAUAUUCUCACUCUACUCAACAGUCUGAUGGAAAAUCUCCAUUUACAUGCUCACUACAAGUAGUCAGAUUCAAAAUUACGCAUAAUAUACAUAAUCACUUAGUGUAGACGUUACCAUGUCAGUGAGAGGAGCAGCAGUGAGCAGUGCUUGUGUUUUUAAUUGCUCUAAAAUGAUGUGAGACUCAGGAAAACGUCCUUCACAUGUCCUUAUUAAAGAAGU